CCAAAAGGGAGAACACCGAAACGGACUGCCCGAAGGGUCGCCUAUCUCAUCUUCUUCUCUUUCCUUCCCUUCCCCUCUCUCAUUUCUCUCUCUAACGAUCGCCAUUGACACAGGCUCGAGCGCACCUCCUAUAAAAGCUCAACAGUUGAGUCUCUUUCACCCUUCUCUCGCUGUUCAUCUCGUCCACUUGGGGCACUCCUCCCUUCUCUGCAUAAUCACUCACAACAACAACCCUGCUUCGCAUGCUGAUGCAAUAAUACGUGUUCCUUGUUUCUGGGUCUAAUCGGAUUCAUCACUCUUACAUCCGCACCGAGCAAAGAUCGUCUCUCACACUGCUCUCUUGCAGAGGAGGAAUCCGAUUUCCUUGUGCCCAUUUCGGGAAGGGUUUGCUCAGUCCCUCUCUCCAUGGCGGUUGCUGAGAGCGCUGGAGUGAAGAUCGGCCCCCAGCCCCAGAACUCGGCCGCAUCCGUGCAGUCCCAGGACCUCAACGGGCCCGUCGGUGACUCCCCCAACGGCUCCCAGUCUCCGACCGGCGAUCGCCCGCGGGACAUCAGCCCCAAGCCCUCAGUCAAGGCUGAUCGCCCGGUGGCGGGGACUCUGGUCGGGUACCGGAACGGGUCCAAGGGGCUGAGUGACAUGAGGGAACUGGUGGAUAUUCUGUCAAAACUGAAUCCCAUGGCCGAGGAAUUCGUGCCGCCAUCGGUUGCUCAUAACCAUGUCGGGUUUAAUCUAGUGAAUGGUGGAUUUGGGUAUCCCAGCAAUUUUGUACUGCAGCCUGAUGCCCCCAUUGCUAAUGGAUACAACGGCAGAAGGAAGAAGAAUGGGUAUAAUCAGAGCAAGAGGAGGGUGAAUAGUAGGACUAGCAUGGCUCAGCGUGAAGAGGUCAUCAGGAGGACUGUCUAUGUAUCUGAUAUUGAUCAACCGGUUACUGAGGAGCAACUCGCAGCUCUCUUCAAUAGUUGUGGACAGGUUGUUGAUUGUCGUGUUUGUGGUGAUCCCAACUCCUGUCUCCGCUUUGCUUUCAUUGAGUUCACUGAUGAAGAGGGUGCAAGGGUCGCUCUGAAUCUCUCAGGAACUGUGCUGGGAUUCUACCCGAUUAGAGUUCUACCUUCCAAGACUGCAAUUGCCCCUGUUAACCCAACCUUUUUGCCAAGGUCAGAUGAUGAACGGGAGAUGUGCUCAAGAACAGUUUACUGUACCAACAUUGACAAGAAGGUUACUCAAGCAGAGGUAAAGCUGUUCUUUGAAACACUUUGUGGUGAGGUCCAUCGCUUGAGGCUUCUUGGUGACUAUCAACAUUCAACUCGGAUUGCUUUUGUUGAGUUCAUUAUGGCUGAUAGUGCAAUUGCUGCUCUUAACUGCAGUGGUGUUGUUCUGGGAUCUCUGCCCAUAAGGGUAAGCCCUUCGAAGACUCCAGUUAGGCCCCGCCUUCCCCGGUCUCCUGGGAACUAAAUUAUGUUUCACGCUCUAUCCCCCCUUGCGUGCACUUGGAUGCAAUUCUCACCAGCAAAAGGCAUCUUAAACCACAGACAUGCAUUAGUUCAUAGACUUGAACUGCUCGUGGCAUGGUGUGUUCGUAUCUGAUUUUGUCCGUACAAAGAGUAUGUUUCAAACAGCCGGAUGAGUCAUAUAUCUCUGUUUGCUGAGUUUAUAGGGAGAGUUGGACAGGAUCGUUCGAGGGUAUGAAUGACAUUUCUAAUUUAUGUUUCGAGUCGAACAUGGUGAGUAUGCUAGGGCUUAAUAGUACAGUUCUCAUGAUUCUGAUGAUGGUUGGAGUUCUUUCUUGAACACCUUUUCGGAUCCCUUGAUCUUGUUAUUGCAAUGCAUAUAAUUCUCAUUCGCGCUCGA